AUGCAUUUUCAAAAACUUACCGUCGUUGCCCUCAGUGGUCUCGCAAUGGCCCACCCAGGGUCUCAUGAACACAGUUCCUACUCAAUCGCCUCGAAGAGAAGCUUCCUGAGAAAUGCGCGCCGCAGCCUUGAUCUUUGUGCCAAUCACCUCGAGAAGCGUGGAAUCAACGAGCGUGCUCGCGCCCGCCGUGCCGCCAUGGCCGAGGCCAACAAAAAGCGCGCCGUGCUUGCUCGUGACCUCGACGAGGUUGUUAAUACAUCGCAUCAUUCCUCCCUCAACGUUACGCCCAACACUCCGGAAUCUGAGCUAUUUAGCGCAAACCCGACUUGUAUCCUGGCCCCCGAAGGCGAGGUUGGUCCCUUCUGGGUCAAAUCGGAGCUCAUUCGUUCGGACAUCCGUGAUGGCGAACCUGGAGUCCCUCUCAUUCUGGACGGUCAAUUUAUCGAUAUCGAGACCUGCGAGCCUGUCCAGGAUCUAUACUGGGACGUGUGGAGCUGCAAUGCCACGGGCGUCUACUCGGGCGUGCAGAGUGAUAUGAAUGGAAACGGAAACGACAAGUCCAACCUAAACAAAACCUUCUCCCGCGGAAUCCAGAAGACUGAUGAGGAUGGUGUCGCCCAAUUCUACACCCUCUUCCCGGGUCAUUACUCUGGCCGAGCUACUCAUAUCCACAUUAUUGCACACACUCAAGCACACGUCCUGCCGAACAACACUCUUACCGGAGGCACAAUCAGUCAUAUCGGUCAGAUGUUCUUUGAUCAAGACCUCAUCACCAAGGUCGAGGCUACCUCGCCGUACAACCAGAACACUGUUGCUAUCACCAAGAACGCGGAUGAUCAUGUCGUCAAAGUUGAGACUCAGAACUCGGAUUCGGAUCCCUUUUUCGAGUAUGCCCUUCUUGGUGACACAGUAGAGGAUGGCAUCUUUGGCUGGAUUACCCUGGGUGUCAACGUCAGCGCUAGCCACGACUCGGAUGCUUCUUAUGCUGCUACUUUAACUGCCAAUGGGGGCGUGUCAAACUCAGAUAGCCAGGGAGGAUUCUGA